AUGUUUCAUUGUGAUCCGCCAGGACAGGAUCUGGUCGGACCGCUGAGCUACCGCAAAAUGAAACUGUCCUUCUACGUCACUGCAACAGUAGUCGUCGGGCAGGCAUACGGGGGCCACAUUACCCUAUUCCGGCGCGGAGACUGCCAGCCCUCAUUGACAAACGAAGGCGGCAGUGUUCUCGAGAUUUCCGCCGAGAACGAGAUCUGGUGUGCCCCGAUCGACGAUGUCUUCCAGUCCGCCGUGUCAUAUUACAACACUGGCCUGCCCUGCGAGUUCCGUCUAUACAACAGCCACGUCUGCUCUCUGGACUCCCUCAGCCACACCAUCCGUACAGAGAGUCCCACAGGCAAGUGCCUGAGCGCCACGGGCUCGUCUGGGCGGUACAUGGCAGUGACCGCGCUCUGUGGACCUUCGUUUCCGGGCGGCACCAAACGCGAUCUAACGGAUGAAGCGGGCCAGGCCGAUCAGCACGUACUUUCAUCAGAUAUGUUGACCGAUGAGCAGAUCCCGGCCGAGGUCGACAAACGCGCCGGAUUCGAAUGGUGGCAUCGUCUCACCAACUACCUUGGCCAGAGAUUUGUGCGCUUACGCCCCAAUCGACCGGUCAUGAAUGACUACGCGGAGACCCACCACAUCUUGACGACGCACACCGCAGAGUUACCGACGGCGAUCCUCACCCCAACUGCAGCGAUGACUAUUGCUCAGCGGAUCGUCUACGACAACUGGGGCAAUACGGGCUGGGCCGCGUAUCCAAUUCAUCGCGUGGGAGCACACACCAUCUAUGUGGAUUUUCUCGGCCAGCGGGUUCACCGUGCCGAUGGUUCCUUCUUCCGGGUGCCCUUGUGGCAGCUGGUUCAGGAGUUGCAGACCGAUCGGAUUCAUCAGAUGUUGAUGGAUGGGUUCAUGACGAUGCGGUUGAGUGGUCGGAACACGUACAGCGCGGAAUUCAAGUUCUUGUAUGGCGACGAAGUCUCGCUGAUCAUCGAGAUUCACGUGGAGUAGCCUUUUCCGUAAUAUUGGAUCUCUGUUGCUUUUUUUCUGGUGGUAUGCCCGUAUGCUGGAGGGGAAUUGAGGAAAGCCUCGGGUUCUAGGUACCGUGCGGAGGGUUGGAGAUCUUGUCUC